AUGGCCGGAAGAUUGGUGAAAGUGAGUGAAAGUGAGUGCCUCCUCGCCUGGGAAUCAAAGAAGUCUCCAAUUACUGGUUGUUAGAUGUGCUGUUUUUGAACUGACAAGCGUUGAUAGCACUGAGACACAGAGACAAUGAGCAAUGGGUGGUUACAAACUUCUUCCAUUUAAGAAUGAUGGAGGCCACUGUGUUCCCCCUUCAUUGCUGCCCCUUCAUUGCUGCAGAAAUGUUUUGGUACCCUUCCCCAGAUCUGUGCCUGGACACAAUCCUGUCUCGGAGCUCUACGGACAAUUCCUUCGACCUCAUGGCUUGGUUUUUGCUCUGACAUGCACUGUCAACUGUGGGACCUUAUAUAGACAGAUGUGUGCCUUUCCAAAUCAUGUCCAAUCAAUUGAAUUUACCAUAGGUGGACUCCAAUCAAGUUGUAGAAACAUCUCAAGGAUGAUCAAUGGAAACAGGAUGCACCUGAGCUCAAUUUCGAGUUUCACAGCAAAUGGUCUGAAUACUUAUGUAAAUAAGGUGUAAAAACCUGUUUUUGUUUUGUCAUUAUGGGGUAUUGUGUGUAGAUUAAUGAGGAAAAUCUAUUUUAGAAUAAGGCUGUAAUGUAACAAAAUUUGGAAAAAGUCAGGGGCUCUGAAUACUUUCCGAAUGCACUGUAUGUGGUGUAUGAGUGUGUGGGAGUGGGAGCAUACAAGUGUGAGUGUGUGUACACAGUGGUCUAAGGCACUGCAUCGCAGUGCUAGCUGUGCCACUAGAGAUCCUGGUUCGAAUCCAGGCUCUGUCGUAGCCGGCCGCGACCGGGAGACCCAUGGGGCGGCGCACAAUUGGCCCAGCGUCGUCCAGGGUAGGGGAGGGAAUGGCCGGCAGGGAUGUAGCUCAGUUGGUAGAGCAUGGCGUUUGCAACGCCAGGGUUGUGGGUUCGAUUCCCAUGGGGGGCCAGUAUGAAAAAUAAAAAAUAAUGUAUUCACUAACUGUAAGUCGCUCUGGAUAAGAGCGUCUGCUAAAUGACUAAAAUGUAAAUGUACAGUGGGGAAAAAAAGUAUUUAGUCAGCCACCAAUUGUGCAAGUUCUCCCACUUAAAAAGAUGAGAGAGGCCUUUAAUUUGCAUCAUAGGUACACGUCAACUAUGACAGACAAAUUGAGGGAAAAAAAAUCCAGAAAAUCACAUUGUAGGAUUUAUUUGCAAAUUAUGGUGGAAAAUAAGUAUUUGGUCACCAACAAACAAGCAAGAUUUCUGGCUCUCACAGACCUGUAACUGUCGUUGAAAUAUUUGACUAAUAAUUAAUCAACUCAAAAAUAUCUCUCAAGACACCAGAGCUUGUGAAUCCAAGAAUUAGACUUUAUUGCAUAACAAAGCCGAGCUUGCUCCAUGGAACAACUGUCUCUCUCUGGCUUAGAGAUCUCUUAUAUACACACAAAUGAACAAACAUGCGUACAUUCCUAACUUAUUUUAGUUCUGCACCACCCUUCUUUUUCAACGUCCAGCUGUCACACAAUGUCCACUCCAAAAGGUCAUGAAUGCUUUUUUUCUAUAUGAAGCCUCUCAUUCUAUCAUUCUAUUGGCUGCGUGGCUUAGGCCCCUUCUGAAAAAAGAACUAAUGUAAUGCAUACCAUGUGUCCAUAACAAGCCCAUGGGCCACAGUUUGAGAGCCCCUGCGACAGAGCACAUACAUUCAUUUAAACAGUAAUGUUUAUUACUAAUAUUAUUAUUUUACCUUUGACCUCUCCCUACAUUUGCCUUAAUGAUACAUAAAAUAAUACCAUAUAAUCCCCCCUAUGGGACAUUCCAACAAUGUCCCAACAAUACAAAGAUUAAUUGUAAAAAUGAAUAUAAGCAUGUGCAUUUCCUUAUUUCUAACCUUGCCAUAUGUGGUUACUUUUCAUAUGCAUAUAUUUAAACCAAUAUAUCUUCCUCAUUACUUGACCCAUCCUGAUGAGGACCCAUAGCCCAGUCAGGUAUUGAUUACAAGUCUAGAAGGUUUUCCUCUAAACUAACCUCCACAUUUUCCUGUUGGGCUUUGUAACCAUGGCAAGCCCAUCCACCCCCAGGAACAACUCCAUACAAACAUUCAGGAUUCCCAAAUUCCCAAAAUGUCCCAUAUUUAUUUACCUACUGUCAUGGCGCUCCCUGUACUGGGUGUAUUUCUUUAUAAACAAUGCUCCCCACUGUUGUUUAGUUAUAGCCUUUCCCAUAUAUGUGUUAGUAUCCUAUCACAUCAACAUAUGCAACUUUGUCUUAACAAUAAUAUCUAGGACAUGUUUAAGAAUGGUGUCAAUAUCUUUAGAUUACAUAACCUUUUUCACCCAUAUCACAAGUAUUAUAACAAUCAAAAUAAUCAAUAUCCAUAUCUAAUCAAGUAAUUGCCAUGUCAACAUCACUAAGCAUUAAUAUUAAUAAGUUAUUCAGAUCAAUCAGUCCACUUAUAAUUUAUAAUCAUAAUCAAAUUAAUUACCCAAAACAACUUUAGAAUGACAAUUCUUAACACUCACCUUGGCACAUAUUGACACUGGCCGAAUGUAUAUUUAUAUUAUAAUAAUUCUAGCAUUAACUUCCUCAUAACGAGAAUUACAACAGAUCAGUACCUCAAUGCAUUGUCCAAAUUACUAUAAAUUUAGUAGUGUAUAAUACCUCCUUAAUCAACAUACUACCUCAACUAACACUCCCUUCCUCUACCGGCACUCAAUCUUCUGGCGUCUUCAUUAUGUUCUUCAGAUAGCUUCAUAGUUCAUCUUGGAUUACCCAUAGCAAUGUCCCAAUUCCAAUGUCACACCUGAACCGCCACACCUCCACCAUCAUUCUGUUUUGUCCAUGUGCAAACCAGUAUACCCAAACUAGGAAGAACGUUGCAUUUGCAUAGACCUCUUUCCUCACAUUCUUGAAAGAAAAGGCACAAAAGAGAAGGCAAUUGAUUGCUUUGAUUUGAUGCUGGAUUCAGGUCUCCUGGCAGAGGUGAUGUCAGACAAGAACGUCUUCAACGCCUUUGUUGUUCCUCUUCAGCCGAGUAGAGGAUUUUUGGUUUUUAUUGAGGUUUACACCGUUCUGGGCCAAAUGAUCUCUGCAAUGCAUUACGACACCAUCCGUAGUAACCUCAGGAAAGGACAGAUCAUAACAGUUCAGUUGAGUUAAUUUCCAAUCCAAAACAUCCCUAUUAACAUUGUCUACAUGACAAAUCAUUAUGUUUCACAUUCUCCCUGAAUUCUCCCAAAUUAUAUAACCCAAUUGUUUUAUUGUAACAUUCCUAUAUUUUUGCUCAUACUCUAUUUGACAUUACUCUGGUGUUUCCCUUUCCUUGUUCCUAUUCUAACAAUUGCUUACACUUCUCUCCUCAUCCUGGUUGAUCAUAAAAUUGUUUAUAUUUAGGAUUUCCUAAAUAUUACAAACAUUCUGCUGGCCAAUAUGGUCUUUCCGAGUUCCUUAUAUGACAAAAGUUGUAGUUGAAUCAUAACACAGUCCUAGUAACUGUGAAGAUUUUGAACUACUGUUAAUUCUUUAAACGGAGAUGUGGUGCAUAUUAGACUAUUUUCUUUAUUUAAUUGUAAUAUAAUAUAUUGUACUCAUCUAUAUCAAUCAUUGUUUAACGGCUCCUUCAAUUCCCUUUCUUCUGUAUUUGGUAUAGCUCUAACAUAUACAGGGUUUAAUGCACUUUCCCAAGGAAUAACUACUCCAAUAACACUUCCCCCUGGAAAUCUAACACCAAAUACUACAUCAAAUUGUUUAUCUAAGUCUUGGACUGUUCUCCUUAUGUCUAUGAUUCACCUGUCUCUUUCUUUCAUUAUCUUAAGGUCACACUACCCCAUGUGACUUCCCCAUACUCUUUGUGCUGGUUUCUCACACACCAAUAAUAUUUUAACCCUUGUAUUUUAAUAGUGAUCCCUUCUAUGUCUUUUCCUUCUGCUCUUUAUUAUUAUAUGUACUCCAUUCCCCUUAUUCUCACGUAACUAGUCAAGUGUAGAGAAAUCAAUGAUAAGGAUAUCUGGUGCGUCUUGGAGGUCUGGAAUCUCUCGGCGGUCUGGAAGGUCCUUAAAGUCUCUUAAUCAUCAGUUCCCUCACUCUGGUACAAUGGUUAAGAUGAUACCCGAUACUCCCCUCUAUCCGUACCAUCGUUGGUAUAACCUGGACAACGAUGUGUAUGGUCACUUCAGUUGUUAACCUUCCCCCGUCACUAGGGUCUCCGGAUCAGCCAGAGUCCCUCUCAAUCUAUCGACAUCGGUCUGUGAAAAGUGUCCUUCAAUCAGCCUACCCAUAGGGAAGCUCAGAGUUACUGCUGCAAAGACACAAGCACAGACACACACAAAAGACAACAAUGCUACCCAAUGGCUGAGGUUGGAACACUCCUAUAGUGAGAAACAUGAAUCUAAGUAUCUGUCUCCACCACUUUUACCAUCAUUAAGGUAGCCAACAACACCUGGUACAGGCCCCUCCACAUAGGGUCUUUCCAGCUCUUUCUUCUGUAGUCUUUUGCCAUCACAUAGUCUCCAGGGCACAGAAAAUACUCAGAUUCUCCUACUCAGUUGGGCAGAGUUAUCUUGACCCAUGAAAAUUAUCAUAGGGUUUAAAAACGAACUUAACAACAUCAUUCAUGCUAAAUUUCCAUAGUAACGUCAUGUUUGGUUUAGUUGAUCUAUUACCAUAUAAGACAUUCACUUCUCCAUGCGUCGUAAAACUGUAUCCUAUUUCUCCUGUAAUCAACUAAAAUCAUAGCCACGCAAUUAAAUCAUCGCCUCGCCAUUACAGAAUGAAUGAGAUCUAUUAAUUUAUCCUUUCUAAGUAAGCUACUAGUAACACCAAACAUUUGCUGUGGUUUGCCAGGCCCGUCUGAAGUUUGUUAGGUUGCAUUUGGAUGAUCCAGAAGAGGAUUGGGAGAAUGUCAUAUGGUCAGAUGAAACCAAAAUAUAACUUUUUGGUAAAAACUAAACUUGUCGUGUUUGGAGGACAAAGAAUGCUGAGUUGCAUCCAAAGAACACCAUACCUACUGUGAAGCAUUGGGAUGGAAACAUCAUGCGUUGGGACUGUUUUUCUGCAAAGGGACCAGGACGACUGAUCCGUGUAAAGGAAAGAAUGAAUGGGGCCAUGUAUCGUGAGAUUUUGAGUGAAAACCUCCUUCCAUCAGCAAGGGCAUUGAAGAUGAAACGUGGCUGGGUCUUUCAGCAUGACAAUGAUCCCAAACACACCGCCCGGGCAACGAAGGAGUGGCUUCGUAAGAAGCAUUUCAAGGUCCUGGAGUGGCCUAGCCAGUCUCCAGAUCUCAACCCCAUAGAAAAUCUUUGGAGGGAGUUGAAAGUCUGUGUUGCCCAGCGACAGCCCCAAAACAUCACUGCUCUAGAGGAGAUCUGCAUGGAGGAAUGGGCCAAAAUACCAGCAACAGUGUGUGAAAACCUUGUGAAGACUUACAUAAAACGUUUGACCUGUGUCAUUGCCAACAAAGGGUAUAUAACAAAGUAUUGAGAAACUUUUGUUAUUGACCAAAUACUUAUUUUCCACCAUAAUUUGCAAAUAAAUUCAUUAAGAAUCCUACAAUGUGAUUUUCUGGAUUUUUUUUCCUCAUUUUGUCUGUCAUAGUUGACGUGUACCUAUGAUGAAAAUUACAGGCCUCACUCAUCUUUUUAAGUGGGAGAACUUGCACAAUUGGUGGCUGACUAAAUACUUUUUUUCCCCACUGUAUGUACACGUCUGUGUGUGUGUCAGUUUGUGAGAGAGAGUGUGUGUGUAUAAGUCAGCCAUAGGGCAGCCUCUCCCUCCCUAGAAAUCAACCUGUCAGUCAUCCAUCUCUCACCCAGAGUCCAUUACUUCGCCAUCUGACUUGCAGCCCUCCCUGCCUCCCUGUCCUCCCUGCAAGUCUGUCUGCGUGCCCUUUAUUCCUCCCCAAGCCUCUCUCUCUCUUUCUACCUCCCUAUCCAAGCCUCUCUCUUUCUACCUCCCUAUCCAAGCCUCUCUCUUUCUACCUCCCUAUCCAAGCCUCUCUCUUUCUACCUCCCUAUCCAAGCCUCUCUCUCUCUACCUCCCUAUCCAAGCCUCUCUCUCUCUACCUCCCUAUCCAAGCCUCUCUCUUUCUACCUCCAUAUCCAAGCCUCUCUCUCUCUACCUCCCUAUCCAAGCCUCUCUCUUUCUACCUCUUUAUCCAAGCCUCUCUCUCUCUACCUCCCUAUCCAAGCCUCUCUCUUUCUACCUCCCUAUCCUAGCCUCUCUCUCUCUACCUCCCUAUCCAAGCCUCUCUCUUUCUACCUCCCUAUCCAAGCCUCUCUCUCUCUACCUCCCUAUCCAAGCCUCUUUCUCUCUCUACCUCUCUAUCCAAGCCUCUCUCUACCUCUCUAUCCAAGCCUCUCUCUGCCUGCCUCCCUAUCCAAGCCUCUCUCUUUCUACCUCCCUAUCCAAGCCUCUCUCUCUCUACCUCCCUAUCCAAGCCUCUUUCUCUCUCUACCUCUCUAUCCAAGCCUCUCUCUACCUCCCUAUCCAAGCCUCUCUCUGCCUGCCUCCCUAUCAGGCAUCUCCCUGCCUACCUUCAUACCCCAGCCUGUCUCCUGUCUGGGGCUCUACUGCCUCUCUGCCUGUCUGUCUCAGGCUCCUUGGCUGGGCUCGCUGCUUUUCUAACCCUAACCCUAACCCUUUCAGCUGGGUUGUAUGGUCACUGAUAAACCACUUGGAUGGAGUAUGACCUCUGGCUAGUGUAAUUUAUCUAAAUUUCUUCAGUGCCAUGCUAUCAGUAAUUACCCUCUCAUUCUGUCCCCUAUCCUCUGGAGAGUGACACCCUUUCUACUCUCAUCUCUCUUAACGCAUCCCUUCAUCUCUCUCUCUCUCUCUCUCUCUCUCUCUCGCUCUCUCUCUCUUUCGGCUUACUCUGUCUUUCCUUAGAAUCCCCUCAGAUCAGCUAUGCGUGUCCUUGGUUCCAGAUCUAAGUUAUAACACGUUAAACACCUUCUCCUCUCCUCCUCUGUCCUAACUCAUCCCUUCCCUCUUUUCUCUCUCUCUCUCUCUCUCCUCAGAUCCCUCAGAUCAGCUAUGCGUCCACAGCCCCGGAGCUCAGUGACAACACGAGGUAUGACUUCUUCUCCCGCGUCGUCCCUCCGGACUCCUAUCAGGCCCAGGCAAUGAUGGACAUCGUCACGGCGAUGGGAUGGAACUAUGUGUCCACGCUCGCGUCCGAGGGGAACUACGGCGAGAGCGGUGUCGAGGCCUUCGUACAGAUCUCCCGGGAAACAGGUACAUGGAAUAGCGUAAACAUGCUCAAACACACUCUAACACACAGUACUAAAUGGAGGUGCUGAAUCUUCAUGAACAGAGUCUACAGUUCUUGAGUGUUUGGACAUCUCUCUUCAGUGCUGGGUCUCUGGGGAACUCUGAACAACAAUAGCUGCCCUAGUAGAUGCCAGUCUCAAAUAUCUCUCUUUAAAAACAUCAUUGAUAUUAACUGUCAGAUAGUAUCUGUCAGCUACAGAUUGACAGUCAGUCAGCAUAAAAAAACAUAUUUCAUCAGAUAAACUCUCUAGUGGUUUUAACUUGUCUCUGUGUGUUUGUUGAGAUUGCUCGGCUUUGCCAGCGAUCACUGAUGUCUAUUUUUGUCAUCAAAUGACACCUCAUUCCCAAUAUACUGAAAUGCAUAAUGUUUGUUUGGGGAAUAUGGCAUCAAUUCAGACAUCAUAUUCAAACAGUCAAUUCAGACACGUGAAUUCCCUCCCAAACUCACAGAUAGACAUCAGUGAGCAUUUGAGUUGGAGCCCCUGCUGUUCUUACUGCUGUAAGCAGCACUGCUGCUAGUUUUUACUGUUUGCCUUUACUGUGGGUUUCUAUACUGUGGGUUUAGUCUCUAGUGUACAUGUCUCAGUGCUGCUCUCUUCCCUGCUGUGCUGUGCUGAGGGCUAUGUGGUGUGA